UAUAGGAAAUCGGCUUAGUCUAGUCAAGAUGGAAGUUCAUAUUCCUAGUCGGCUGUGUUUCCUUGUUAUCCGGUGGGUGUAACAAAGAACCUUCAUGCCAAAUUUAACUACAAGAAUGCCGUAAUUUGUUGCAGACUGUUUCUCACAACCCAGUCAGCGUCAGCAAGAAGCUAACCAAAUGGUUAGAAUCGUGAAUUGAUGUGUUUGUGAACACCAGUUUAUCAAAUAGACCUAUUCAUUAAUGGUUCUUUAACAUAUCUGUGUACCAUAGAGUUGCAUUUACACGAGUCAGAAUAGUGGAAGUUUUGCGUGUAAUGAAUUUGGCGGUUGGCUCGCACUGGUGUGUCGUUGGGGAUUGACGGAUGAGUGCAUGGUGGUAGGCUACAUUGUCAGUGUGUGAUGAUGAGCGCAAAUUUAUGGCGGGCCGAUUGAAUUGAGGCCCUAUUAUAUCUCGCCAACCAGCUUAUGACGAGUGCCUCUUCCGUUUCUUGCCGCGACAAGAGCAUUGUGUAUUUUGGCCCAGGUAGCUGUACAGAGGAGGACACCCCUACACAAUCUCACACAUAGACACACACGCAGACACACACACCCGGAGGCCCAGUGGCUAGUGCUUGGCCGGCCUGAUGGAAGACGCAGAGACGGAGCUGACGUCGUCAGAGCCCGAGGCCUUGGGCGCGGACUUCAUCACAGUGGAGCUGGACACCCAGCCCAUCGAGUACGUGGUCAAGUGGGCAGAGGUUGGCUCCAAGUUCACCAUCUCCUGCGUGAAGAAGGACUCAGAGGAUGGCUUUGUGCCUGGGGAGGUGAAGCCAGAGCCCGACGAGAACUUCUUCGCCCAGUACGAGUCUGUCUACCCCGAAUGUGUAGUGGAGGAGAGUGUGGAGGUGCCGCAGCCUGAGGACGAGGAGGAGCCUGACGACACCCACAGCGACUCAGACGACCAGACCGAGCCCGGCAGCAGCCAGUUGGGCCACGAGGAGGGAGACGAAGAGGUGCUGCCACCACCCCGAUGGAGAGGAGGAGGAGGGGGCGGGGGAAGGAGCGGCACUCGUGCGCCUAAAGGAAGCGGCUCUCACGCCUGCCAUGUGUGCGGUAAGUGCUACAGCCACUCCUCCAGCCUCUCACGCCAUGUGCAGACGCACGGCAGGGGUGGAGCCAAGGCCAUCGCCGCCGCAGCUGCAGCAGCCGCCGCCGCAGCAGCCGCCGCCGCCAAUCAGCACAAGGAGGAGUACGGCAAGGCAGGCGAGGGCAAGAAGACGCUGGUGUGCAACGUGUGCGGCGUGCGCUGCAACGGGAAGCGCUUGCUGGCCAUCCACAAGAAGAGCCACAAGGCCAAGAGACUGCACACGUGCAACCUGUGCGGCAAGCACUUCAACCACAGCUCCAGCCUCUCACGCCACCGCCUCAUCCACAAGGGCAAGUCCCGGCCCGGCGGGGGAACCGGUGCCAGGGGCCCCCGUGGCGCCCCCCUGGCCCUGCCCGAGCUCAGCCUGGGCCCCUCCAGCAUGGGCAAUCCCAAGAAGAGGCGCGGGCGCCGGGGGGCUGGCAGCGGCGGGCUGACGGUCAAUGUGGGAGGGGAAAAGCAGUACCAGUGCACGCAGUGCGACAAGGUCUUCAGGAACUCCACGCAGCUCUCCAAACACCAGGUGGCGCACGUGAGGCAGCUGCUCAACUCCUACACGCAGGACAGCAAGGACCCUCUGGCCAAGUCCUCCGACCUCAAGAUCCGCCUCAAGCUCUGCUCGCGGGACAAACCCAACUACUACACCCUCUGCAAGAAAAACAAGCGCUCCAAGGCUGCGGCUCGGGCGCGUCUGGCAGCCGCCACGGCAGCAGCGGCGGCAGCAGCAGCAGGGCGGUCCCGGAGCCCCGACCCCGAGCGUCCGUACGCGUGCCUCCACUGCGACAAGCGCUUCAGCAACACGUCCAGCCUGGCGCGCCACGAGCACAGCCACGCUGGCGAGAAGCAGUACACCUGCGGCAUCUGCCGCAAGAGCUUCGUGCGUCUGUCCAACCUGAAGCAGCACCAGCAGACGCACGCUUCCGGAAAGCUCUACUCCUGCCUGCACUGCGGCAAAACUUUUGUGCACUCCUCCAGCUUUUCGCGGCACAAGAAGGUGCACUCGGGCGAACGGGCAUCCCUGUCUGGGGGCAAACAGCGCCAGAGGAACCGCGCCACCAUUGACGAGACCGCUCCCCUUGAGUCGGACUCUGAGUGAGAGUUGACCCCCCCCC